UAUGCAAUGGGGCAGCCCCCAGGCCAUGGGGCAGGUGGUAUGUAGUGGGGCGGCCCUCAGAUUUUGGGGCAGGCCGUAUGCCACAGAGCAACCCCCAAGCUGUGGGGCAGGCCGUGUGCCAUGGGGCAACGUGUUGGCCACGGAGCAGGUGGCAGAGCCAUGGGGCAGUCCUCAAGCUGUGGGGCAGGUGGCAGGCCACGGGGCAACCCCCAGGCUGUGGGGCAGGCAGCAUGCUGUGGGGCAGCCCCCAGGCCGUGGGGCCAGCGCUGUCUGUCCCGCAGGUCGGGCCUCAUCUUCUACCGCAAGGGCGUGCGCUCGGUGGACAAGAGGACGGGCCAGGAGACGCUCUACGACCUGGAGGACAGGAUCAACUUCGCCGUCUUCCCCUCGCUGCAGGGUGGGCCCCACAACCACGCCAUCGCCGCCGUGGCCGUGGCCCUCAAACAGGCCAACUCGCCCGAGUUCCGGCAGUACUGCCAGCAGGUGCUGAGCAACGCCAAGGCCAUGGCGCAGGCCCUGCUGCAGCGCGGGUACACGCUGGUGUCGGGGGGCACCGACAACCACCUGGUGCUGGUGGACCUGCGGCCCAAAGGCAUCGACGGGGCCCGGGCUGAGCGCGUCCUGGAGCUCGUCUCCAUCACGGCCAACAAGAACACGUGCCCCGGGGACAGGAGCGCGCUCACCCCCGGGGGGCUGCGCCUGGGUGAGGGCUGGGCCCUUCCCCCUGGGAGGGGGGUGGGAGGUGGGGAGGGGUGGGGGGCAUCCCCAGGCUUUUCCCGUCUGCAUUUCGCCCCCUCUGUGGGAUUUGGGGGCUGGUUUGUGGCUCGGAGGGGUCCCCUCAGUGGGCUUGGAUCCCCUCGGUGGGUUUGGGUCCCCCUCGGUGGGUUUGGGUCCUCUCAGUGGGGCUGGGUCUCCCUGGAUGGGUUUGGGCCCCCCAUAGAGGGCUUGGCUCCCCUCAGUGGGUCUGGGUCCUCUCAGUGGGCUUGGGUGAGUAGUGAGUUUGGGGGGCCCCAUUUGGUGGGAUUGGGUCCCCUCGGUGGGUUUGCGUCCCCCAUAGUGGGUUUGGGUCCUCUCGGUGGGCCUGGCUCCUCUUGGUGGAUCUGGGUCCCCCAGAAUGAGUUUGGGGUCCCCCUUGAUGGGUUUGGGUCCCCUUGGUGGGUCUGGCUCCUCUCAGUGGGUUUGGGUUCCUUUGAUGGGCUUGGGUCCUCCAUAGUGAGUUUGGGUCCCCUUGGCAGGUUUGGGUCCCCCUCUAUGGGUUUGGGUCUUCUCAGUGGGGCUGGGUCUCCCUGGAUGGGUUUGGGCCCCCCACAGAGGGCUUGGCUCCCCUCAGUGGGUCUGGGUCCUCUCAGUGGGCUUGGGGGUCCCCCAUAGUGAGUUUGGGGUCCCCCUCGGUGGGCUUGGGGUCCCCUCGGUGGGUUUGGGUCCCCCAUGGUGGGUUUGGGGUCCCCUCAGUGGGCCUGGCUCCUCUUGGUGGGUCUGGGUCCCCCAGAAUGAGUUUGGGGUGCCCCUUUGGUGGGUUUGGGUCCUCCUCCAUGGGUUUGGCUCCCAUUGGUGGGCUUGGGGUCCCCCAUAGUGAGGUUGGGGUCCCCCUUUGAUGGGUUUGGGGUCCCCUCAGUGGGUCUGGAUCCCCCUUGGUGGGUCUGGCUCCUGUUGGUGGCUUUGGGUCCCCCUCCUCAGUGGGUCUGGCUCCCCAUGGCGGCUGUGGGUCCCGCCGG